AUGUCAAAUAAUGUUUCAAGACUCUUUUAUCAUUUCUCUAUAACUUUACAGACAGACAUUGUAGUUGGCCAUCAGCUGCAAUCCUCACUUGUAAACUCUGUAAAUCAACUACGGUCCUACUAUUAUGAAAGAGCUGAUGAACUCAAGGCCGUCAUUGAUAUUGCAAAUCUACAAAAAAAAGAUACUUCAGAUUGUCAGAAAACUUAUGCCGACAAAGUUACCAGUAGUAUUAUUGACAGCACGAAACAAUUGCAGAAAUGUCUUAAACAGGAUGCUGUGCAGUCUGCGCUUUGCAGUGGAAACCAGAUUAAUAGUUGUAAAGCAGACAUAAAACGCAUUAUGAAUGAGGCCAAGAAAUGCAUCCAGAAUAAGUGAACGAGUUUUUGUUUUGGAUCAGUGGCGGAUUAGGUCAAUCUGCCGUCCUAGACCAGGGGUCUCCAAAGGUAAAUCCUGUAUCUAAUAGCAUUCCCAGUUAAUAGGUCGCAUCCACUCAGUUUUGACCCAGAACUGUCAAAAUCUUUUACCUGAUUUGAGCCGCUGGGUAUCAUUAAACUCGUGACCCUUCUGUCUAUUCGAAACUUUACUCUAAAAUUGAGAAUUAUGAAAUAAAAGAAUGAAUGCUUAGUUUUCGUUACUUUAAUCUUUUUAAAUGAAAUA